AUGGCGCAUUCGAGCAAGCUAGCCUUUUGGCUUGCCGUCCUUCUAGUCUGCAUAUCCAUUGUUAGAGCCGAGAUUAGCGUCCUCGAGGCAUUGCAGAAGGUUCCAAAAUGCGGAAAUACAUGCUUCGUUGCGUCCUUGACGACGGCCAGCUGUACCUGGGAGACGGAUCCAACUUGCCUCUGCUCAGAUUCCGAGUUCCAUCUUACUGCUCAGCAAUGUGUCGUCCAGAAGUGUAAUGCCAGGGACUCAUUGGAGGUUAGCCGAAUCGAGGCUGAUGCGUGCCAACGUCCUUACCGAUCCCGAAGAAACAACAUCCUAUAUAUUUCGGCGGUCGAUGUUCCAGCUUGGUUCAUUGCUUGGAUUCGGCUAUAUUCAAGAUGGGCUUAUCGUCGAUUCGCUGCAGAUGACUGGGUGAUGUUGGCUGUUGCGAUUCUCUACACCGCCUUCCUGCCUUUGGGGAAAUAUACGGCCUAUAUGGCAUUUGGCAUCGAUAUGUGGUUUUUAGAUUAUGAGACCGUCACCCAAGCUUUCAAGCGAGUUUAUAUCGUUCAGACCUUCUACCCAACCCUCCUCGGGUUAUCGAAAAUCUCGGUUCUAUGUUUCUACCUACGAAUCUUUCCCGAAAAACAAUUCCGGCGCCUCGUAUAUAUCGGAAUGGCCUUGAUUGCUAUCCCGACCAUCGUCAUCACCUUUAUCACAAUCUUUCAAUGCAAGCCGAUUAGCCUGAUGUGGGAAGGAUGGCUCCUACCGUACUACGGCGGAAAAUGUUUCGACAUGCACGUCGUGACAUUCGUCGCGGCCGGCUUCAACAUAGCGCAGGAUCUGUUCGUCGUCGUGCUGCCUCUUGUACCAGUUUGGCACCUUAAGAUGGAUACAAGGACAAAAUGGGGCGUUAUGGUCAUGCUUGGACUGGGAGUUUUCAUUACUGUCACCUCAUGCGUCCGAGUGCCUUACAUUGCCGCCUUCGGCCGCACGUACAAUCCGACAUGGGACUACGAAGAUAUUCUGAUGUGGAGUGGGUUGGAAUUGUCCGUCACGAUCAUUGUCGCCUGCCUCCCGGCGAUGGGGGCCUUGAUGAAACAGGUGAUGCCCUGGGUUAGCAAUGCGGCGAGCGCGUAUGGCAAGACCGACGAGGGGAAAUCAGGCGGCAGGACACGAGAGCGAACUUUUAAUGAAAGCCGAAGCCGACAACCUUACUUCAGAUCGAAAAACAGAGAUCAGCCCGGAGAGAGCCAAGAACAGCUGGGGCUAGAAUUAGGGUACACCGCACCGCCCGGCGUGAAGACGGAGGUGAGGGGACAUCGAGGGAGCAGCGGGGAGAUAUUGAAGGAUGAAUAUCUCGUGUCAUACAGCCCCGAGCCGACGGUCGAAGAUAGAAUCAGGGUCGAUACUGUUACAACUAUCACGACGUCAAAUUACUAUGGAAGAUGA